CGAAAUCCUGAAGACGAAAUCGAACGUUGUUUACACGUUGCCAUAGUGACAGUGUCGUGAAUUUGCAUGUUGUGCUGUACAGAUAGAAGGAAUAAAAUAAUUUCGAAUGUUACCUUAAACGGAUCAAUAGAAGCGGUAAUUCAAGCUGAUCACGCGAUAUGGCCGAGUCUAAGGGUACCCAAAAACCCAAACAUAAAUCCAAGACAGUUAUACAUAGCGAAGAAGAUAGUUCCAAAGGAUCGAGUGGCAUUGAUCAAGAUGAUGAAGACCAAAUAGGUUACGGUGUUGCUACAGCGGAAGUUACAGUUGACCGAGAAGUGUACCUGCAGGCGCACAGAGAUCUCACGUUUGAUCUGCGGCAACUGCAGAUGAAAAAUAACAUACUUCAUCGCCGCUUAGCCGACUACUAUAAAAAGAGAAAAUUAGAACAUGUAUUAAAACCAUUGGAACAAUCCGCUGAUUUGGAAGACAAAUACCAACAGAUGUUAUUUGCUUAUGAAGAAUUAAAAGAAAAAGAAGAGAGAGAAGUAGCGGAUAUAAGGGAGAAAGUAAGCGGCGUGGAAGCGCAAUACGUCGAUCGCUUAGAAAAAGCGGAGCAAAAGUUUGACAGUCUUCAAGAUGUGGAGCGAGAAACCGGCAUCGGGCUCAUUUACUCGAAGAAAGGAAAACCAAUUGCUGAUAAGACUGUACAGAGGUUCCUCACACUUCAACGACGUAAAAACGAGCAAUCCUCAGCCUUAUGUUUGAGGUACAUAAGGGUCAGAAAUGCUGUAGCAGAGCUGGAGGCUGUCGUACGCAAAUUAGAAAUGCUCGGACCCGGCUUAUAUGUAGCACAAUACCAACAGCUACAUAUAGACAAUCAGAAUUAUAUGAAUAAAAUUGAAGAACGUGAAGACGAACUCAUAAAGAAUCGUACUAAAUGCACUGAACACAAUCAGAUAUUGGCUCACAUACGGGAGAAGAUGCACCACACAGACGAGGUGAUCGAUUUCACUGAUGCUGACCUGGGAGACGCCGAGAUUGAAUAUCUUCAAGCGAGAGAGAAUCUUGGACAAGUGAAGGGUCGGCGCGAUAGAUUACGGUGGUCACUCGAGGUGGAACGAAUGAAAGCGGGUCUUUUGACCAGAAAAGACUUGUUGCGCGACUUUCAAGAUGCAAGUGACAAGGUGGUGAGCCUGCGCGAAAGAAAAAGGCAACUAGAACAAGAAAUUGCUGAAAUGACGCUUGAAUUAAGGGAAGCUCGUAGGCGCAUUCAAUUUCAUCAUGCGAAUCAUACACAAAGCUCUAUGAUUCUCGCAAAGCAAUGAGAACCAUAGUGUGCCUAGUGAUAUACCGAAAUACAAUGCCCUUAACUCAUAAUUAUUGGGUUAAACUAGCAACUUUUCCAAUACAAAUACAAAAAAGGGAAAAAACUCAUGUAUGUUUUGGAACUAACUUUGUUAUGUUACGAUACAAAAACGCUAUAUAAAUGCAGUGGGCAGUCUCAAAAAUUGCGCUCUUUACGACUUUUACUUAUAUUUUGUGAACUACUUCUGGUAUGUGAUCGUUAAAAUAACGAUUGUUAUUUGUAAAUCUACUGUACCUUGUUUAAAUUGUGUUUAUUAAUGUACUUA